UUUAGUUCCUAAUCCAAAUAAUAAAUCUAAUGCAAAAGCAGUAUGCAUUUUUUGUAGUUCAAAAAAUGGUGGUAUUCAAGCAGCAGCAUUAAUACCUGGGUGUUAUACAACAAAUAAGGCUAAUUAUGCCACGCUCAUUUAG